AUGCCAUGUAGCUUUAAAAGGGGUGGAAGGGGGAGCGGCGGCGGGAAGCUGGCUACUGGAGGCCCUGUAGGCCUCCGCACAGGCGAAUCCGGCGGGAAUCCGAGCCAUCAGAGCCGCCACCAUGACGGUGGGCAAGAGCACAUCGACUACAGGAUGAGGUGCAUCCUGCAAGAUGGUCGUAUCUUCAUUGGCACCUUCAAGGCUUUCGACAAGCAUAUGAACUUGAUCCUAUGUGACUGCGAUGAAUUCAGGAAGAUCAAGCCAAAGAACUCAAAACAGGCAGAGAGAGAAGAGAAGCGAGUCCUCGGUCUGGUGCUGCUUCGUGGGGAGAACCUGGUCUCAAUGACAGUAGAGGGACCUCCUCCCAAAGAUACUGGUAUUGCCCGAGUGCCACUUGCUGGAGCUGCUGGGGGCCCAGGGAUUGGCAGGGCUGCUGGCAGAGGAAUCCCAGCUGGUGUUCCCAUGCCUCAGGCUCCUGCAGGACUUGCUGGGCCAGUCCGUGGGGUUGGUGGGCCAUCCCAACAGGUGAUGACCCCCCAAGGAAGAGGCACUGUUGCAGCUGCUGCAGCUGCUGCCACAGCCAGUAUUGCAGGGGCCCCAACCCAGUACCCACCCGGCCGUGGGGGUCCUCCCCCACCUAUGGGUCGAGGGGCACCCCCUCCAGGCAUGAUGGGCCCACCUCCUGGUAUGAGGCCUCCCAUGGGUCCCCCAAUGGGAAUCCCCCCGGGACGAGGAACUCCAAUGGGCAUGCCCCCUCCAGGGAUGCGGCCCCCUCCCCCAGGGAUGCGAGGCCUUCUUUGACCCUUGGCCACAGA